UUGAACGUAAACAUUGUCUACUUUGAUUUAACUAAGGCAUUCGAUACUGUCCAGAGGUCGUGUCUUUUGGCAAAGCUUGAAAGUUUUGGUAUCAAGGGUAGGGUGCUCCAGUGGUUCCGAUCUUACUUAACUAACUGGAAAAUGAACGUCCGCUUUUCUGAUUAUGUCUCAACAACCAGGAAAGUUACCUCAGGUGUGCCCCAGGGUGGGAUCCUAUCCCCCCUGCUUUUCCUCAUAUACACCCACGACCUCGUCGCAUGCCUCCAAGCAGAUAGUAGGCUUCAUGUUGCCGCCUAUGCUGACGAUGUGAAGGUUUCCAUAGCAUUUCAUGCACAAGACCAAGACGAAGCUCGGAGCUUAUUGAACAAGGCCGUCGAGAAUAUGUGUAACUGGUGUUCUAGAUGGGGAUUGAAUGUCAACCGCAGAAAAUGCCAUCUCUUCUCGCUGGGGGCUGUGAGACUUGAUGUGCGAUUUCCUGACGGAACCCCUGUUGCACCAUCUUUCAAUGUCAAAGAUCUUGGAGUCAAUUUGUCUGCUGGUCUGAGGUGGAGUUGUCAUAUAGACGAAAUUUCAAGUAAGGGACUCAACUGGUGCAUCUUCUGUUCAGGAAUAUCCAUACUUCCAAAACCUCCGUCUGGAUCAGAUUUACAAGAUGUAUGUUCUCCCGAUAGUCGAGUACUGUAG